CAUUCGAUCCAUCUCACGUGGCGCAAACGGCUGGUGGAGUGCGUUGACGGCAGGUGUCGUGGGAUGGUGGCCGGCGGCGACGGUGAACCAGGCCUGCCAAAAGCAACCAUGGACGACUCGGGCUCCAACACCCAGAAUCGGCUCUAUCUGAUGCUGUCGGAGCUGCAGAAAAUCGCCAAGGAUGUGCCACGCCGGUUCCAGCAGCGCCUGACGCUGGAGCUGCUCUCGGGCCUGGCCAACUCGAUGCUGGACGGCACCGUGUUCCAGAUAGUGGAUCAGCUGGCGGAGAUCCAGCACGUGACAGAGAAACAGGCCUUCCAGAUGCGGCAGCAGCUGGUCGCCGGACACAACGCGGACCGUCAGGCACUGCUGAAGCAGCAGAAGGCCGACCUGCAGGCGGCGCUGGAGCGCGGCGAGUCGCCCGCCCGACUCGAGGCCGCCCACCAGCGCGACAUGCAGAGCCUGCUACAGAAACAGCAGGCCGAGCUGACGCGCUGUGACAUGAAGGUGGUCACCCAGCUCGACCAGAAG